AUGCUUUUAUUUUUAUGUUUAUGUUGUUUACAUGAUUAUUAUAUGGACGAGGAAUGUACUUGUGAUAUUGUUUUCAUCAUAUCUAAAUUUUCUAUCAGUAUUUACAAACUCUAUUCUAUUGCAACAAUUCAUGAGACAAAAUCUAAAUUACGUCAAUCAACUGAAAAUACAAUAUUCAAUGUAUCUGUUAUUAGUUUAUUUCUUAAUAAUAUCAUUACAUUUUAUAUCAACACUUUAUGCGGUACCAUAUUUGGAAAAGAAUUAAUACGAUUAUUUCGUCCACUACAACAAAUAAUCUAUUAA